AUGUGGUCGCGAAUCAAGGACGCGGCAGGGUUGCAGUGGUGGACGGUGUGGGAUAGGUGGGGAGCGUCGAUGGCUCCUCCAGGCCGGAAUGUCCUUGGAGCGCCACAGUCGCCGUCGGUGGCAUUGGAUACUGUGCAUGUGCGGAUCGAGCCCUCCAAGGAUCCCAGCUGCAGCGCCAUGCAAAUCCCUUCACAAUUGAAGGCCAGCGCCGACCAACCAGCAUCGAAUGCGAUAACCUCGCUGCCACAUGACUGGCUGGGUCAACCUCUGACUGCAGCGUCGCAACGUCCAGCGCGCAGGACAGCGUUGAGGGCACAGGUCGGGUCGGCGAGUCAUGGCGGCGGGGAACCAGGAACCUUGCACAAGCUCUGGGCUCGUCCCGUCAGGAAGCUCGUCACCCGUCGGGACUUGGGCUCGGCGGCGCAGACGAGCGAGACGAAGAACUGAUCGGCUACAGACUGCGACGGUGAAAAUAAGAACCAGCAGCAACGCUGCGGAUAGCCGAAUGCACGCGGCCGAGAAUGGAAAAGGCCCCAACCAGGCGUGACAGGUGACCAACCAGGUCCUUGCCCGUCCUCCCUCGUGUCGGCUAGCUGUGGUUGAAGACGCAAGAGAAAGCAAAGGGGCUGGCUGGUGUGGUACUGGGGCUGUUGGGAGGCGGUUGCUUGACCAAGAAGCGAAAGAGAGAAAAAAAAGAAGAAAAAAAGAACGUCAGGCAGGAUGUUGGAAGGCACCAACCUGACACGACAAUGCGCUGCUUCACGCUGGGUUGCAGCAAUUAGACUGCGCUGCGAUACGGCACGAGCAUCGCACGCUCUGUAUUCCGUCAGAUGGAUGCAUGGUUCCGGC